AUGUGUGUGAUAUAUAGGGAAGCUCCCAGUGAUCAAGCCAGUGAGACCAGCAGCACUGAUGGGAACUCCAGAGAUUCAGAUUUCUUCCAGCCGCCACUCAAAAAGGUAAAAUUGCAAGAAUCCAUAGAGUACGAUGACCUUCAGGGUGACUCUGGGCGUCAGACCAUCGCUCUGAACCUGAAGAAAUCAGACAGAUAUUCCCACGGCCCGAUCCCUGUUCAGUCACAGCAUUACACCACCAGUCAAGACAUUAUCAACUCCAUCAGCAUUAUCCAGCACGAGAUGAGGAACUAUAAACCCCGUCUGACGCAGGUGAUGUCCAGCAAUGCGGCAAGCUCCGCCAUCACAGCGCUGUCACCUGGAGGGCUUCUGAUGCAGGGAGGAGGCCAACAGACCAUAAACCAAUUAGUGCCAACUGAUGUUCAGAGCGAGCUGAAGCACUUAUAUACAGCUGCCGGAGAGCUGCUCCGACAUUUCUGGUCCUGUUUCCCCAUCAACACUCCCUUCCUGGAGGAAAAGGUGGUAAAGAUGAAAUCUAACCUGGAGAGAUUCCAGGUGAAAAAGCUCCGCCCCUUUCAAGAAAAGAUCCAACGGCAGUAUUUGAGCACAAAUCUAACGGGCCACCUGGAGGAAAUGCUUCAGGCUGCGUACAGCAAGUUCCAAGUCUGGCAAACGCGCCGAAUGAUGAGAAAAACCUGAGGAGAUGCAGAGAAAUCCAGGAAAGAGAGAAAAGACUCUGGGUGAUUGAAUUUAAAGAAAGAGGGAGAAGAACAGAGACACUCUCCCAGCUUGGGCCGGAUGGAGCCUGAUGGGCGGAUUUUCCAGCCAAUCAGAGCUGGAGGUGCUAGUGAGCACGUCUGCCUGGGGGAGGGGCUUGGAGCAGCAAAUUCUGUAAUCUUAUUGGUCCACGUGGAGAUGGGCUGCGCCAGUCACAAAUAACUAAUUAUUAUCUUCUCUCUUUACUUUGUUCGUUCCGUUUUUUUUUUCAGUGGAUAAUUUCAGUUCCUAGGUAAGAAGUGAAGUUUUAACAGUGUUGUAUUUCUGCAAUGACCAAACUGGGCUCAGUAAUAAUAUCGGUGGAAAGAUUUCUCAGGAACUUACAAUGUUUAAUGCAAAGGACUCAGUUUGAGGGAAAAGCUUUCAAGUCAAUGAUAAGGAGGACUCUUUACAAACCGGAUAUUGCAAUCCAGUUCAACCCUCCCGAGACUUGAGGCUGAUUGGAAAUCAGUUGCUCAAGACACGCCAAUGGGAGGGAUAUAGCAAUACUGUAAAAAAA